AUGACAAACUCUAGCUUUGGUGCUUUGAUACAUGCCUAUGAUCUUUUGAUCAAUGUUCCCACUGUAGAUAUUAGUUUUAAUCAAAUCGCUGACCAGGUUUUGCCCGUAUAUCCAAAUGAUAAGACAAAUGGUAUUUACUCAUUAGAUUUAAGCAAUAACAAGCUAACUGGUUCAUUGGAUCAAUCUUAUUUUUAUUAUAAUACUAAAUUAAUAAGAAUAUAA